CCUCCGCACAUUGUCAUCAUUUAAAAGCCAAACGAGGCGGAUCGCUGCUGCAAAACAUGCGGGAUGAGCCUGCGGGGGUGACACGCACUCCGACGCCGCCGUCCACCGAAGAGGAGCCCGCAGCAGCACCGGCCCCGACCGAGCGCCGCUGCCCGGUGCAGCGGCGAGGCUUCCGUUCGACUCGGGCCGCCCGUGACCUUCAGCUCGGCCGGGAAAGACAGCGGCACUCCGGCGAGUCGGCGGCCUCUUCCUCGCCCUUCGAGCCGGCAGAGGAGGACGCCGCUGCCGCCGACUUCCGUGAAUCCGCUCCGCGCCGUCCCAAUGGAUCCCCCCGUGGCCCACCGCGUCAACAGCGGCAAUGACAACAUGUUGUCCGGGGGUCUGGGCGCCGCCUUCCCGGAGAUGCCGAGCACCGGCGGCGGCGGCGGCGGCUCGUCCUCGCCGUCCCUCCCGGGCUUCGGCACGCCUUGGUCGGUGCAGACGUGCAGCUCGUCGCCCCCUCCCGGCCCCCCCGCUGCACCUGCGCCCUGCAACCCCGCCGCGGACUUCUACGCGGGGAUGCCGGCCUCCUCCUGCGUCAGCCCGGCCUUCUUCCAGGGCUUCGGCGGGGCCUUCUCGCAGCAGAUCCGCAGGUCGCCCAUCAGCCCGCAGAUUCCCCACCUGCAGCAGCAGCAGCAGCAGAGGAGCAACUGCAACCAACAGCAGCACGCGAUGAAGCCGUCACCCUGGGGCGCUCACCACGGCAACGGCUGGAGCUCGGGAGGCGCGUCCUGGGGCCGGGAGCACCGCAAGGGGGCGGGCGCCUCGUCGCCCCUCAAGAAGGCCUUCCAGGGCGGCGUCAUCGGACCGCCCAAGUUCCCGCGCUCGGCCGCCGCCUCGCUGGGGCCCAAGUCGUGGGCGGAGGACAACGUGUUCCGCGCCGACGGCAACAGCAACGCCGUGGCGUCCCCGCAGGACCGCUCGCGGAUGUACGAGAGUCUCAACAUGCAUUCGCUGGAGAGCUCUCUGAUUGACAUCAUGCGAGCCGAGCAGGAUCCCAUGAAAGGCCGUUUUGGAUGCCUGAACCCGGCCGCAGACGGGCUCCUCAUGCUCAACGCCAGGAGCUAUGGGAGACGUCGAGGGCGCUCUUCUCUUUUCCCCAUCGAUGACAAUCUCUUGGAUGACGGCCACGGCAACAAGGGGAUCCCGCGGGUCCUGGGGUCGGCCGGCUGCUUCGCGCAUCAGAACGGCGAGCGCGUGGAGCGCUUCUCGCGCAAGGUGUUUGUGGGCGGGCUGCCACCUGACAUCGACGAAGAUGAAAUAACCUCCAGCUUCCGCCGCUUCGGUCACCUGGUGGUGGACUGGCCGCACAAAGCCGAGAGCAAGUCCUACUUUCCGCCCAAAGGAUACGCCUUCCUGCUGUUCCAGGACGAGACGUCCGUGCAGGCCCUGAUUGAAGCCUGCAUGGAGGAGGACGGGAAGCUCUACCUGUGCGUCUCCAGCCCCACCAUCAAGGACAAACCUGUGCAAAUCCGCCCGUGGAAUCUGAGCGACAGCGACUUUGUGAUGGACGGAUCUCAGCCCCUGGACCCCCGCAAGACCAUCUUUGUGGGAGGCGUCCCUCGUCCCCUGAGAGCGAUCGAGCUGGCCACGAUCAUGGACCGCCUCUACGGCGGCGUCUGCUACGCCGGGAUCGACACCGACCCGGAGCUCAAGUACCCCAAGGGGGCGGGGCGGGUGGCCUUCUCCAAUCAGCAGAGCUACAUCGCCGCCAUCAGCGCCCGAUUUGUGCAGCUGCAGCACGGCGACAUCGACAAGCGGGUGGAGGUGAAGCCGUACGUGCUGGACGACCAGCUGUGCGACGAGUGCCAGGGCGCCCGCUGCGGCGGCAAGUUUGCGCCCUUCUUCUGCGCCAACGUCACCUGCCUGCAGUACUAUUGCGAGUUCUGCUGGGCCAACAUCCACUCGCGUGCCGGCCGCGAGUUCCACAAGCCCCUGGUGAAGGAGGGCGCCGACCGCCCGCGCCAGAUCCACUUCCGCUGGAACUAGAAGCUGUCAGUAUAACUCACCCACGCUCAUAACGCCAAACCAGGGGUGUCCAAACCACGGCCCGGGUGGCAUUUGCGGCUCACCGUCCGUUUUUAAUCAGCCUGCAUCAUUUACUUGAAUUCACACCCGACCGGACAGAAAAGCCGUUAAUAAAAAAAAGAUUUUAAUAGGCGUAAAUGAAUCUGCACGCAAACCUUCCUUCUCGGCUUUUGCACCGAAGCAUUCCACCGAUCCAGUUUGACUCUUAACGUCCAGAUUUAUUUCAUUUAAGACAAUUUCAAUCUUGAGGCGACAUAAUGAGCGGCACGGCUCCGGGACGGAGUUUCACGACACUUCCCGGAAGAUUUUCAACACUUUAAAUUGGCUGAUAAUGCAUAAAAAUAGCAGGCGAUGUUUGGACACAUCAAUGGUAUGUUUGUGAAAAACAAUACAUUUGACCAUAUUUGGAUAUAAAAGUUUUCCGCCCGGCAGCGGCGAUCUAUUCGAGAAUUUAUAAUUCUUUCGCAUAUUUUGACCUGCACUGAUGGAUUUGGUUUGAACGUGUUCAAAGUUGAAGGACGUCAAAGUCUCCCUUUUGCAUCCUUCACGUUUUCUGUAUGCGGCCGUUGGCAGAAGAAGUUUGCACACCCCCCUGCACCACGCGCAUCGCCGAUCACUCAAGAAAGCGGCCGAAUUUUGUAGCAGCCACGAGCAUCGUUUCUUCUCCACCUCACAUCUCAGGCUCUUGUUUUUUUUUGGUUUUUUUUUUGUGGUACUUUCAUCUUUUCUUCGAGGAAAACAAGAAAUGGUGUUCUAUAAAAAAAAACAUUUUUUUGAAAUGAUUGUUUUUGUGUGUGAGACGAAAAGAAGAAGAUAUGGGAAUGUUUGCGCUCGGGCCCGCUGAGGACACGAACCAAAGGUAGCGAACCGUCGCGCGGAGCAGAACCGCCGACGCGCGCUUUUAGGACGCAAGACUACCGACCGUUAACCUCCUUUCGCAAACGAGAUCCUGCAAAUCUGCAGAAUCGGAGUCGUCACGUGAGAAUUUAUCCGCAUUUGCCUUUCACACAGAGUAGAGAUGGGCACGAAAUUUCCGGCUUCCGCUUGGCCCACCUCCAGUUUCCGCGUCAGUGCCGUUUUUACAAAACAGUGACAAAAAAAAACAAAAAAAAAAGGCGAAACAAGCGAUUGAUGAUUUUCCACGGAACGAUACCUCAGAAUCGGAUCACUGCUCACUGUAUUCAACAUUUAUACGCAACAAGCUAUCUUAGGAAACCUCGCUGCUAUUAAGAAAAUAACAUAUAUACGAGUCAUUGUGUAGGACAAAUACUUGAUGCUUUUUAACCCUCCUGUCAUAUAUAUUAUAAAUCCAAUUUGGAAAAAAAAAAUGUUUGAAGUAGUUUCUGCGAGUGAAUAAUGAGAUAAAUAGCUCUGGGGAAAAAAAUAAGGCCUAAAAAGAAUGGUCAUUUUAGGGGUGACCAUUUUUUUUUUAUUUUCUGCAAAUAAAUGCGCCAAACGGCAAUAUUUGUAUUUGGAAUUUGGGAGUUAUGUUGCCAGUAGUUCAUAGAAUCAAACAAAAAUGUUGAUUUGGCACACAUUUUCACAGUGGAACCUCAAUUUUCGUGAUUAAUCCAUCCCAGAAAGUCCGACAAAAACUGAAUCGUAUGAAAGCCAAAGCAAUGUUUCCCAUAGGAAAUAAUGGAAAUCUAUUAACCUGUUCCAGACACCCAAAAAUAUUAACAAAAAUAUAUAUUUUUUAUAGAGAACUAUAGCUUUACGUACAAAAUCAGUGUGAAAUAAAUAGAAACAACUAAUGAAGUGGAUAAAUGAACAUUAUUUCUUCAAUUUUAAUUGUUUUUCACCUUCUGUAUGAAAUCGUCGACACUGCAAUUUCUGUUGUAUUGCGUAAAAAGGGUUCAACAGACGUUAAGCCGUAUUCCAAAGUGCAAGCUUUUAUUAACAACUCCGGUCAAUAACAAGCCUCCCGGUGUGCUCGACAACACUCGGACAAGUUGGGGCAACAUCGGCGUAACAUCCUGUCAAAAGUCAGGCCUUCAAAUUAAAAGCACAAACAGUUUCACCACACUUUCUUUGGCCUAUUUAGUAGUCAAUUUUGUGCUUGGCUAUGUAAUGCGACCGUUAAAAAGGUCGCCGUGCAAAAACUAGGGCAAACUGAGGUUCCACUGCACUUAUAAAUAGCAAAAUAAGAGCAAGUGAUCAUUUUUGCGAGGCUCUACUAGUUUUUUGUUUUUUUUUCCAGAGCUGUGAAUAACAUUUACUGGACUCUUUUUUUUAUUAUUUUUUUAUUUUUUAUUUGUUAUUUUUUUAGUUUGCGACACUUUUGGAUAAGUCAAGGAACCUUAUUGCUGUUCCUGCACAUAACACAUGUAACAAGAGGGUUAAAAAAAAAAAGAAUAAAUAACAUUUUUAAUGCAGUGAUGCAUUUAUGCAUGCUUUAGUGUUUAUGUGUCCGUUUACGCUGAAAGCGCAAUUUGUGUGAUGUUCAGUGGUUGUGUGAUUUGAGUUGUUUUUUUAUUCGUCGUUCGUGCGUGGGUGUUUGCGUGUGUGUGUGUUUGUGUUUGUGUGUGCGUGUGCGUGUGUGUGUGUGUGUGUGGAGCAGGCGGGGUUUACCGUUUCCAAGGUGACGCAGAUACAAACGAUUCGAUUGGACGAUCUUUGGGAUCAAUCUCCCUCGGACGGUACUCUACAAAUCCGUAUUUGCUGUUGUCAUGGUUACGCUGUUGCUUGUGUCGACUACUUCCCCUUGCUGGAUUUUCCCUGAUUACUUUCUUUUUUUUUAAUACAGCUGUAUGUAUCUUAUUCUGCACUCAUUUUCGAUAUAUUUCUUAUUCUUCCUACGUGAUUUAAGUGCAGAUUCUCUUCUAAAGCCUCCUGUUAUUUAUUUCCCUGCAGAUCAUUGAUUGUGAAUUUUUUAUUUUUUCAUGUGAAGUGUGUGAAGUCUUAAGUUAUCCGUGUGCGUGUGCGUGUGUCUGUGUGUGUGAGUAGAGAAGGAAUUGAAUAAUUUCUAAUAUAUUCUUAAUGUCAUCCCUGAAGUUUAAAUACCUGUACCACUUGUGUCGUUUCAAUGUGUUCUUUUUUUGCUUUUUUAAGUAUUUGUUGUCUGUUUUUGUAAACGAAAUGAAAAAAAAAAAAUCACAUUUAUUUCACUAUUUUUGUAGACGAAAAAUUUGAUUUUGAUUGUAUUUUUCUAUUUAAAUAUGAUUAUUAUAAAAAUGUAUUCCCCUCCUGUUACAGUGGUGAUGUCCCCGGGUCAGUUUGACCCGGGGAUGUUUCAUGAUCUAAACAUUUCAGAAACAGAAAGGAAAACAAAAUAAUCCCAAUUAACAUCAUUUGUUUUUGUGUUUUUGUUAACUUUGAAAUGGGUCAAUUUGACCCACAAGACAGGACAUGCUUGAGAAAACGUACUUGUGAGACUUGCCCUAAAUAUUGAUUGAAACUACAGGUGGUGCCUUCAGAAGUAUUUUUUUUGUUUGUUUUUUGCGAUAAAGUUACCGCCAAACUAAACAUAAAACAGAGAAAAUGACAAAUUGUGUAUUUAAAACAACCGCACAACUUUGCCUUCCGCUAGUCUAAUUGCUUACACACAAUGCAAAAUGCCAUAGACAGGCUGACAAAUAGCAUCCAUGGGGCAGUGUUAUAAUGUUUGAAGUCAUGGCUAUUUGAAAACAACACAUGUAGAUCAAAAUACUCAUAUGCUCUUAGGCAUAUAUUCUUUAUCCUCUGCGGAAAACAACUCAUAUUACUUUAGUUUACCGAGUCACUGUAGUUUUGAAAGCCGCCUUCGUUUGUCUUUAUUAUGCUGCCCCUGGUGGCCAGGUUGCACACACCAGAAUGAGUCAUGAAUUAAUCAUGAUGCACAAACUGUUUCAUUCUGUACGUUCCAUUUAAUUAUGUCAAUAGUAUGUUUUAGAAUGAAAAUAUUCUCGGGCGCUAUUUUCCUUAUUACAAAAACUUUUGGGGGGAGGCUGGAACAGACUCAUUGCAUUUCUAUUCAUUUCAAUCGGGAAACAUGAAAUUGAAAUAAACCAUUUUUGUAUUGGAUUUUUUUUAUUUUUUUUUACACUUCUGUUUAGGUCAAUUUUUAAAGUUAGCCGCAUUUAAUUGGAAAGAAAAACAAGUACAUUAUUUUCAUUGAAGCAUGAUCAGUGAGCGCAAUUGCACUAAAUAAUGCUUGAAAUUGUUACUGAACAAUGUUAACUGGGAUUUUUUUUUUUUUUCUUUAAUUCUGGCAGUAAUUAACCAUGCCCAGGGUCAAAUUGACCCGGCAACAGGGGGGGGUUUCAAUUAUGUCCAAACUUUUAGUUCCAACACAAAAUGAUACCGCACACACACACAUCCACACAGUUUUUGAUAUGAUUCUUAUUUUCAUACACACGUGUGACAGAAGGCAACAUGAAGGUUUUGUUUUCUUCUCCUUUGACACUUGAGAUUCUCCCGCUGUGAAACUUGAAUGAUUAUUUGAUCUAAUAACACAUUUUGAAAGGCUGACUAACCUCGAUUCUGUGUUGUGACGUGCAAUACUGUUUCUAUUGUUUGUACAAAAAAAGUCAGGAUUACCGUGUAAAACCUUUUUAAGAUGCAGAUUUUAUUUUUUUCAUUGCAUAUUUUGCAGAUUUUUUGAUCCACAGUGUCAUUUUUUUACUGUCUAAUGAGAAAAAAACGAAAAAGGAAUAAGACCCCGUUUUUUUCAUUGCAACUAUUUUUCAAUUCAGAUCUUUGUACUGAUGUAAAUGUAAAUGUUAUUUUGGAUAGUGUUUUUGCUAACAAAAGGAGAGACCUUUUUUUUCCAUGCAUAUUUUCACCUUGUUUGGACUUCCAUUUUUGAUUUCACCCAACAGUAGCAGAAUUCUUGGGAGUUUUUUUUUUUGAUAUCAACGGAACGACACUCCGGUGUGUCAUUUUAAGACGCUUUAAUUCAGUGAACUAUUUCAAAUGUUAUUGUUGACUUAUUUCUAAAAUCAGAGUACAGGCUCACAAAAGUGGACUAUUAUGAGGUAUUUGGAUGGUAAUUAUUACUGAAUGGUCAUUUGAUAUGAAAAAUGAAGCUUAUUUUUUAUUUUUUUAAUUAUGGCUUUGUUUUGUAUUUAACUGGUGUGUUGAUUUACAAUUUGUUGUUUUGUUUUACUUUACUUGCUAAUUAAAGACCCAUUCUGUUUAGACACA